GCUUGCGAGCGCAGGCUGUUGUUGCCGCCGCAACGUGAUCGGCCGCCAGUGCGUUUAUCAGGCGCGGCUAGCGCGCCCAUAUCGCUCAACGCGGUGCGCGCGGCUUCGUACCGCUUUCGGUCCAGACUGAGCGCCGCUGGCGUUGGGCGCCCCACACUCUACCACGCGCGCGCAGCGGGCUUCCCCGAGUGCCGGUGUUGAGCUUCGCACGUGGACGCAGCCGUGUUGACAUCCCAGCCGCCGCGUCGUCCUCAGGGAUUACCGCCGUCGUGACCGAGGAGGAAGGCCUCCGAACCUUCAGGCCGGCCAGCUCGACCCAGCUCGUGGCCUGCCAUGGGUGAGCGUUUAACAUGAGGAGUUCCUCCUGGUGCCUGUGGAUCUUGGUGGCCUUCCUGAGCGCGCCGAGCCCGCCCGGAGAGUGCCGCUAUGUCUCCAUUGGCGACACCAGCCAGCAGGAGAACUGCUACAAGAAGGGAGUUGAACAGCCCGAGCCGGCACCGCGCAUCAUGUACGUUAAUGGCCGUGCGCACAACAUCGUUGUCGAGACAAGCCAGAGGCCCACGCACCAGCUCGUCACGCAUAUGUUCUAUAUUAUGGUUACCGAGCUUCUGGGCUACCGGGACGUAGACAUCCUGACAACAAGCAGCAUCGACCCGGAAUCCUCGCUGCAGAGACUGACCGGAUGUGUCGAUCUCAAUGGUUGCAACGUCAGCGACGACUACGUUCCUGAGACGAUGAUAAACCUGGAACUCUGGAUGGGACCUUCUUUUGACAUUAAACCAUGGCUGCGAACAGAUCGCAUCACGGACAUUGGUCCUCUGGGUCCUCUCGGACGGUACGGCUGGUACGUGUCGAAACAAACGGUUCAAGAAUACUGGAGCAAGUACAACAUGGUGCUUGACCACUGGCGUUCGUACCGGUCGGCCAACAUGACGUCACAGCUGGACCUUCUCAAAGGCGACAAGCUACAGGAUCAUCUGUCCAGAGGCGGCUACCUCUGCAACUUUACUGGCUGUCGAAACGGCGUCUAUCGGUCCCCGUUGUGCGACCCGCUCAGGGAUGGCCGGGGAGUCCCUUGCGCCACGCUCGUCGCAGACUUUCCAGAAAGCACAUACGCCUUGCUGAAGCACCAGAUCGAGACGCUCAAGCUUCGUGUGAACGUAGUCUGGAUCGGCAAGGAUUUAAACAACUACGUCAGUAAGCUUCUGGAGCGCAAACAAGCGGUGAUAUUUUUCAACUGGAGGCCCAGUGCCUUGACGUUCAGGAACCAUGAUCUCGUGCGCAUCGCCUUUCCUCACUGCGAGGACCGUGCCCUGCAGGGAAAUCUCAACACAUCGAACUGUCUUUUCGAAGUCAACAACAUGGAACGGGUAGCGUGGACGAAGCUGAAGGAUACCGCUCCGGACGUUUAUCAUCUGGUGGAGAAGAUGACCUUCAGCCAGCAGGAGUACGGAAAGCUUCUCGAAUCCUACCAGAACAAAAGGCAGCAGCACAAGAGUUUCCAUCAAAUUGCGUGCUCCUUUCUACACGAUAACGAGGCUCUGCUGCAUCAGUUCUCGGUGCGGGUCGCCGACAAGCCCAUGCUCCACAUAGGCGGUAUCUUUCCCAUCUCAGGCAUCUAUAAUCGCGUGGGCGGCGUGCUUACAGCGGCACGCAUGGCCAUAGACAGCAUUAAUCGAAACGAGAAUAUCCUCAAGGACUUCAAACUUGAGAUCCUCGAAGGGGACGGUCAGUGUGCUCAGGACGUGGUCAUGAAGCGAUACAUCAACUACGUCACCAAUUCCACCUACAAGAGCUUGAUCGGCAUCCUAGGGCCUGCCUGCACCGAGACCCUAGAGCCGAUCGUGGGCGUGGCGCAGCACUACAACACGCCUAUCAUUAGCUACAGCGCCGAAGGGGCCCUCUUCUCCAAGCGCGAAAAGUACCCCUACUUCUUCCGCACCAUUCCUGAGAACCAUAUCUACAGGUUUGUGUACCUAAAGUUGCUGCAGGCUCUGGAGUGGCGGCGCCUGGCAGCGCUCACCGAGGAUGGCCACAAGUACAGCGAGUACUUGAACCUGUUGCACGAUGACAUGCAAAAGCUGGGCCUCAACUUCGUUACCAACCGCAAGUUUCCCCACGACCACGGCACGCACAAUGGAACGCACAGGUCUCAAGACAUGUCCCAGUAUCUGGCUGACCUAAAAUCGCGCAAUGCGCGCAUCAUCAUCGGUGGCUUCGACGAAGAUGCCGCCCGCGCCAUCAUGUGCGAGGCCUACAGGCAGGGCAUGACGGGAAGAGACGGUUACCAGUGGUUUUUGCCGACGUGGCUGAGCCAGCAAGAGCAGCGCCAUCGGGAGUGGUAUAACACCGAGUACUACAACCAACACUUCAACGAAAGCGUGAACUGCACUGUUGGUGAGAUGAAAGUGGCCAUCGACGGUUACAUGAGCCUGCACCCAAAGGCGUAUGCUGACGACAACGCCACCAUGCAAGACAACAAGACCGUCGCUUCCUGGAAGGCGACGUACAGGCAGAUUGCUCUAGGUCAGGGCAAAGAAGACAGCGAGUAUGGGGGUUACGCGUACGAUGCGGUGUGGGUGUUCGCCCUGGCCGUUGAUGCGCUGUUCAAGAUGAACCACAGCUACACGUCGUCCAUUCACGAAGACGCAACAUUUAAGGAACUAAUCCGGCUAAUCAACGCAACUGACUUCCACGGCGUGACCGGCCACGUCCGCUUCUAUCGGUCGAGUCGGCUGACAGACGUCAUCAUCCGGCAGUGGGUGAACGGCAGCCAGCACCACGUGGGCACCUACAGCCCUGGCGUUGGUGACGAGGGUGACCGGCUGGCUCUGGGGCCUUCGGGAUCGCUGAGCGCCAUCCACUGGCCCGCCGGCCGAAACCAAGGCGAUGGUGGAGAAGACCCAGUGCUGUGCCCACUCGAAGGGCUGCGCCGUCUGCUCAACACCAGUUGCGACUUGGCCAUCGUCGUAGCCAACGUCAUCGGACUGAGUCUGUUCGCGUUGCUCAUGAUCGGUGGUUGCGUCGUCUUCAAGAGGAGGUACGAAGAAAAAGUAAAGCAGACAGAAGCGCGCAUGCGAGAGCUGGGACUGCUGACGUCGAACCACCUGCCGUCCCUGGAUGGGUGGGAAAUGCCUCGGGACCACAUAGUGAUAAACCGCAAGUUAGGUGAAGGCGCCUUCGGCACUGUGUUCGGUGGAGAAGCGCUGGUGACAGACCAGUGCUGGCAAGCCGUGGCUGUCAAGACGCUCAAGGUCGGUGCCAUCAUCGAAGAGAAGCUGGACUUCCUGAGCGAGGCGGAGAUGAUGAAGCGUUUCGACCACAAGAACAUCGUGCGGCUACUGGGCGUGUGCACGACGGGCGAGCCCGUGUACACGGUAAUGGAGUUCAUGCUGUACGGCGACCUGAAGACGUACCUGCUUGCCCGCCGACACUUGGUUAAGGAGAGCGAGCGCCACAAGUCCGAAGAAGUGUCAGACCGCUGCCUGACGGCCAUGGCGUUGGACGUGGCGCGCGGGCUAAGCUACCUUGCCGACUUGAAGUACGUACACCGCGACUUGGCCUGCCGCAAUUGCCUCGUCAAUGCUGGUCGCACUGUCAAGAUUGGCGAUUUCGGCAUGUGCCGUCCCAUGUACGACUCCGACUACUACCGCUUCAACAAGCGUGGGAUGCUUCCCGUCCGGUGGAUGGCACCCGAGAGCCUCAACGACGGCAUCUUCACUACCAUGUCUGACGUCUGGAGCUAUGGUGUGCUGCUCUACGAGAUCAUCACCUUCGCCAGUUUCCCGUACCAGGGACUCUCUAACAACCAGGUCCUCGAGUACGUCAAGGGAUAUAACACCCUGCCCGUUCCCAACGGCUGCAAGCCUGAGCUGGAGGCGCUUCUACUGCGCUGCUGGGCACGCAACCCGUCGCAGAGGCCCACGGCGUGCGAAAUCGUCGAGAUCCUGGCUAACGACACCAAGCUCAUCUCCCCUUGUCUGGACCUGCCUCCAGCCAGCGUCCAGGUAGAGGGCACCGACUCGCUCGAGCUGACCGCCAUCGGCGACCGUGGCCGCCUCCACUCCAUCUCGUCGCUGGCCCGGCGUGUGGAGUCCACGGAACGCUCUGCUGCCGUCGUGGUGGGCCAGCAGCAACAACAGCCGGGUUCCCCAAUUCCACCGCCGCGUAAUCACCCGGCGUGUCUUAUCCAUCCUGAACUUCGCCCUAAUGUUGCCAACCACCAACAAACACAUGAGCAGCCCAAGACGAUAUCACCGCUUCUGGGAAGCUUGCGGAAAACGCCGAGGUUCUUGUACUCGGCGCGCCUGGCAACCACGACGCUGACCUAGCGCCUUUCCCGUCCCGGUGUCGCAUCAGUCAGAGGUGCACGUGCGCUGCCACGCGAGCUCUGCCGCACUACUGCGCCUAUGGACGCAUGCCAGUGGCCGGAACCCACCACGUGGCCGCAUCGGUUGGCGACGGUGCGCUCUAGUCCUAGAUCGAGAUGUGCGAGACCAUGAUCACCCAUCACGUGCGCGUGCGCGCUUUUCAAUAUGUGCGGACUGAACCAGCAACGGAACCGGGCGUGCACGCACCGUUUGUACAGCAGUCGCAGUCACCGUCCAUUUUUUCGUUUUGAACACCGCAGUGUCUGUGGUCCGGUUUUAGCUGAGUGCCGCCACGAGUUGUCCCGGCUGACCUGUCGGCGCCUUUGACUUCUGUGGUGCUCGGGCUCGGUCACCCUGAUUCUGCGUUAAUUUAUUACCUUUGUGCAUACUUUGUUCGCUCCUGCUCUGAGACGAAAGUACACAUCCGUCUACAGUGGAAUACCUGGAAAUAAGUUUAUUUUCCGUAUCUUUUUUUUUUUUCGUUACGUUAUAAUGUAAUUAUUUCUGUUGUACAUAAUAUUCUAUCAUGUAGUGUGUGCUGUCGUUGGGCGAGAAAUUUUUGAAAGAACUGUUACUCCGCGUUGCUUCACUUGUGAAAUAAAUGCUGCCCAUGC